UCCUCCUUUUUGCACACACACGAAUACAAAGAGCCAUACGACCUUCGGAUACCAGUGGGUACUUUUGAGUCCCCUCUCUGUUCCUUAGGUUGCAGUGGUGGAGAGUUCUAUGCUUGAGUGCAGAGGAAUGCCUUCUACACUUUGAAACUGUGUUCAUCAGGAAGACCUUUGUAGGCGUCACCCUUUCAGUAAGGGGCGAAUGUGACACUCAGUGUGUUAUGCAAGGGGAGCCUAGGAUCUGCAAAUAGAAGAAGCAUCUCUCUCCCCUCCGCAGGCUGAGGAAAGGCAGCCAUGGACUGUGUGCUCGUUCAUGACUUGCCUACUCCUCCUUCACAGAACAUGGCCUGGUGCCCGGGCCCCUCUGACCACUCUUGAUGAGAAAGGAAAGUUAAUCCAAAGAGGCCAGUGCUUCCUUCCAAACUUGUGAAGUCCGGUUGACGAAGACAGCUUUUGGAGCGGUCUGGUGGUGUGAGCCAGUUGUUACUGCCCCCAUCAACCAUGUCCUUCAGUGCCACCAUUCUCUUCUCCCCUCCCAGUGGCAGCGAGGCCAGAUGCUGCUGCUGUGCCUGUAAGAGCGAGACUAGCGGGGCCAGCACAGGCUCUCAGGGUGGGAAUCCUCCUCCCAGCACCCCCAUCACAGUGACUGGACAUGGCCUGGCUGUUCAGAGCUCAGAGCAGCUCCUGCAUAUCAUCUACCAGCGGGUGGACAAGGCAGUGGGUCUGGCUGAGGCCGCCCUGGGUCUCGCCAAGGCCAACAAUGAGUUGUUAAAACGUCUCCAGGAGGAAGUGGGUGAGCUAAGGCAGGGGAAAGUAUCCACCCCUGAUGAAGACGGGGAAAGCCAGGCACGUAGUUCCCCACCUGAGGAGCCUGGGCCUCUCAAGGAGAGCCCCGGAGAAGCCUGCAAAGCCCUGUCUGCUGUGGAGGAGGAGUGUGAUGGUGUGGGCAGCGGUGUGCAGGUGGUGAUCGAGGAGCUGUGGCAGCUGGGCGCAGCUUCGGCAGUGGGGCCUGGGCCGCUGGGCUUCCCAGCCACACAGAGAGACCAGCGGCUCCCAGCGUGCGCCCUGGCUGCCAGCGAGGGUGCCCCGCUGCUCAAUCCCCUGGUGGAUGAUUAUGUGGCUUCUGAGGGUGCAGUACAGCGAGUGCUGGUCCCUGCUUAUGCCAAGCAGCUCUCACCGGCCACACAACUGGCUAUCCAGCGGGCAACCUUAGAAACGGGGCCAGAAAAUGGAACCAAGCCACCACCACCCCGCCCGGAGGACAUGCUUAGUGCUGCUGCUGCACUGGACAGUACCUUGGAAGAGACAGGCCCUGGGAGCACUGGGGAGCUAAGACACUCUCUAGGGUUUACUGCGUCCCCAUGCAGGACCAGAGGAAGUGGGCAGAAGAACUCCAGGCGCAAGCGGGAUCUGGUACUGUCUAAAUUGGUCCACAAUGUGCAUAACCACAUCACCAAUGACAAGAGAUUCAAUGGGUCUGAAAGCAUCAAGUCCUCUUGGAAUAUAUCAGUAGUGAAGUUCCUUCUGGAAAAGCUCAAGCAGGAGCUGGUGACCAGUCCCCACAACUACACUGACAAGGAGCUGAAAGGAGCCUGUGUGGCCUACUUCCUUACAAAGAGGCGUGAGUACCGUAACUCUCUGAACCCCUUUAAAGGCCUGAAAGAAAAAGAGGAGAAGAAACUUCGAAGUCGCCGAUACCGGCUUUUUGCCAACCGAUCCAGUAUCAUGAGGCAUUUUGGACCUGAAGACCAACACCUGUGGAAGGAUGUGACAGAAGAGCUGAUGUCAGAUGAAGAGGACAGUCUUAAUGAGCCAGGUGUCUGGGUGGCCCGCCCUCCCCGUUUCCGGGCCCAACGCCUCACAGAGCUCUGCUACCAUCUGGAUGCUAACUCUAAGCAUGGCACUAAAGCUAACCGUGUAUACGGGCCUCCCUCAGACAGAAUGCCUUCUGCUGAAGCCCAGCUCCUUCCACCAGAACUUUAUAAUCCUAAUUUCCAGGAAGAUGAGGGAGGUGAUGAGAAUGGACCUGUCUCCCCAUCUUUUGACCAAUCCCACAAAACUUGCUGUCCUGACUUGAGCUCAUUCAUUGAAAUCAAGGUGGAAAAGGAUGAGUAAAGUCUAUAACCAAGAAUAACUCUGGCUUCUGCCACUCCCCACGUCCUAGAAAUGGGUCCCAGAAUAAUGAGAUGCCUUCCGCAGUCUGAGAAA